AUGGAGGCUCUUCUGUCUCCUCCUCAUCAUCAUCAUCAUCAUCAUCAGCAGCAGCAGCAGCAGCAGCAGCAGAAGCAGCAGCAGCAGCAGAAGGGAGAGCACCACCAGCAGCAGCAAGAGCAGCAGCAGCAGCGAGACCCCACAGCAACAGCAACAGUUGCUGCUGCUCUUGCUGCUCUAGGCAAAGACAAGGCGGAGACAGGUGUCUCCAGUGCAUACUGCUGCGUAGAUACAAACAAACUACCAGAAGAGACAGAAGAGGAGACAGAAGAGGAGACAGGAGAGGAGACAGAAGAGACAGAAGGAGAAGAGGAGACAGAAGAAGGAGAAGAGGAGACAGAAGAAAGAGAAGAGGAGACAGAAGAGGAGACAGGAGAAGGAGAAGAGGAGACAGAAGAGGAGACAGAUGGAGGGGAGGAGACAGAAGAGGAGACAGAAGGAGAAAGCGAAGGGGAGACAGAAGAAGGGAUAGAUGGAGGAGAGGAGACAGAAGAAGAGACAGAUGGAGAAGAAAGAGAAGAGACAGAAGAAGAGACAGAAGGAGACGAAAAGGAGACAGAAGAAGGAGAGGAGACAGAAGGAGAGGAGACAGGAGAAGAAGAAGAAGAGACAGAAGAAGAAGAGACAGAAGGAGAAGAAGAGACAGAAGAAGAAGAAGAGGGGGAGACAGAAAGAGAAGAAGAGGAGACAGAAGAAGAAACAGAAUAA